AUGGCAGGCUCGUGGCGCCUCGGCGCUGCGGCAGCACAGGCGCGGGCGCUCAAGAUCUCCAGGCCUCCAGCGUCUGUGACACGAAACUGGGGCCAACGCCGUCGUGGCAGGAACUCGCUUUGCACCGUGCCCUGUUCAAUCUCGUCCGAGCGCGCCUCUGCAGGUGGCCGCCUGUGUCGCCCAACGGCCGCUCCAGAGUUUCACAGGCAGGCCACUCCAGCGAUGCCAGAGCAGAUGGGGUCGGGGGACCGCGCCGCAUCGCCUAAUGCAUCGCCGGUGCGGCCCGAUUUGGAGGCCGAUCUUCUCCGUCCCGGC